UUGGCAAGCUUUAUUUCAGCUCAAAUUUGCUUACUUGUAGUCAGAUUCUAAGGGAAUAUAUUAAGCAACUGAAAUAUGUAUAGAUUGUUCUGUAUAAGAAUGACUCGCUAGCACUUUCAAAAAAAUUGAACCAAAAUUGAACUUAUCCAUACUAUUAUUCUAAUUUUAUCUGAAUUUAAUCAUAUUAUAUUGAUGAUUAAAAGUCAAUGUAGUGCUGCCAACAUUUUUUAAACGAAUUUAGUCAUUUGAAAGAGCUUGCAUCUGUAAUCAGAUCAGUGUCCUUGCUUCUUCAUCACCUGAAUUUGCAGUAUUGAAAAAAGACUCAUAUUGACUGAAAUUAGUGAAAAAAGUAAACUUUUUAUGUAUUGUAAUAAAAAAUAGCUUGUAUUAUAGAUUUGUGAAUAAUAGUGAAAAAAAAUGUCCAACGAGCAUCAAUCCAAACGCAUGGAUCAGCUCGGUAAAAUUAAUUUGAAAAAGUUAAAGAGCUUACGAAAAAAGUUCGAUUUGACCAUCGAAAAAGACAGACACGAAUUCAUCCGUCAAAUCGACCCUAUAAUCAGCGACUGGGAGGGCCAACUCCCAAAUCUCCGUGACAUUUUUCGUCCCGAAGAAAUCGACCGGCUUCUCAUGGAGGGCCUGAAGUGCGACGUCCUGUACAACGUGUUCGGUCCGGAUCCGCUGGUCGACUUCGUGAUCAGGACCGGCUACAGGGACGAGCCCGAACUAGGUACAGACGGCAAGCCAUCGUCGUCGCAUCGCCGCACCACAGCGGUGCAUUACGCGGCCGAACGCAGACACCUCGACACGGUGACCGAUCUGUUUAAAAUAUACGACAGGUGCGACGUGAAUUAUAGCAACGAGUCCGGAUUGACGCACUUUCACGCGGCCUGCAUGUCGGGCUGCGACGACGUCGUCGAGAAAUUUCUCGAGGCCGGGCAGCAGCCCGAUUGCGUCUGGCCGAAAGCGGGUGACUCGCCGCUGCACAUGGCUCUGGCCGGAGGUCACGGGAGCGUCGCGCGAUCCCUCGUGACGCGCGGCGCCGAUCCCAAUCUGGCCAACAAGGCUGGAUCGACUCCUCUGCACGUCGUCUGCAAGAGUUAUCGAGACGACGGCUUGCUGGAGAUGUUCUUCGAGAUCAACGGCGAGAGAAAUCAGACUGUGCGAGUCGAUGCCCAAGACGAGCAAGGUCAGACGCCGCUACACUUUGCUCUGUUGUGGGGCAACAAGAGUGCGGUCGAAUCGCUGCUGAGGAAAGGCGCCGAUCCCAACUUGGCCAACAAGGCGGGAUUGACUGCUCUGCACAUUCAUUGCGACAGAGUCGACGACGACAGAUUCGCCGAGACGAUGCUCGAGACGAGCCGAGACAUGAAUCGGACUUUGCGCGUCGACGCCCGGGACGCGUCGGGCAACACACCGCUGCAGACGGCCGUGGCUCGGGGACACGAGAAGAUGAUCGGCUUCCUGCUGCGCAACGGCGCCGACCCGAAUUCGGCCGACGCCGAGGGAUCGACUGCUCUGCACAACAUUUGCAGGAGGGACGACGUCGACGACAUGAUGGAGAUAUUCCUCGGGAUCAACGAGGAACUCGAUAAGCCGGUGCGGCUCGACGCCCGGGACAACUCGGGCCGCACACCGCUGCAAUGGGCCGUGGCGAAUCUCAAGACGAAUCUGUUCGACAGCCUGUUGAAUCACGGCGCCGACUUGUCCGGCUUCGUUUUCCCGACCGAGAACUACUUCGCCGAGAGGUACGCGGCCGACUGCGAGAUUCAACUCGUGACGCUGCCCACGAUGUACAUCGUCAAGACGCUCGAGAGAAAGGGAUACCGGCUGGACGUGGCCGCCGUCGUGACUGUCAUGAAGACGUUCGUCGGGCACGGAUUGGUCGGCCGGGCGCCGACGGAUGAUCUCGACGAACGUUGGCACAACGACGCGACGUUCGCGAGAAUCGCCAAGAAGCACAGAGUCGGUGCGCAGCUGUCGCUCUACGACUUCGUUCGACUGACGCCCGACCAGGCGGAGAAACUGUUUAUCGCCAUCGAGGACUACGAGGAGUUUCUGUACGGAUUUCGUCUGCUGCCCAUGGGACCGUACCAGGCGUGCAUCGAGCACGUGUCCCGCGCGCUGUCGAGGGGAUUCUUUCGACGAUGGGCGAUGGAGUUUUUCACGGAGAUGACGAGGCAAUAUCGGCUGCCGAUUCUUUGCUGCGACAUGAUAGUGGAGCAGUUGGCGAACGAGGAUUUGUUGCGCAUCGGACUGGCGAUCGCUGGUCAAAACUAAGAACGAAGGAAGUG